AUGGAUGAGGAGCUGACACUCAGCUACGCUGAGGUGGCCAGCGCUGGUGAUCGUGACGAGCGGGCACAGCUUCCAAAACAGGCAAAUCAAUCUGCCGUCUUCCCUUUGCUACAAGACAAUGAAUCACUGGGAGGCGAAACGCAGCCCGUCGCAGGGCGGGCACGCACUGGCACUGAGGACAACGACGGUGAACCGGCGGUGGCCAAGCCUUUUGUUCGCACAUCCAGCCCGGGCUCAGAGGAACGGAAACAGGACGCUUCAGCCAGGGUAUCAGACCAGUUUGAAAAGGGAUACGAUGAAAAGGAUUCACCACCGGAACGCCUGGUCUACAAGAUGCACAAAUUCAGCCUGUACGAGACCGCUAGUCGCUUUUACGUGGUAGGCGUCGACGUCAGCGAGCAAAAGUAUCGCAUCCUCAAAGUUGACAGGAUGACAGAGGAUGACGAUGGGCUGAGCAUCACUGACGACAAGAUAUUAUACAAUAUGCGAGAGAUGAAUCAGCUGCUGGACACCAUUGACGACGGCAACAAAGGUACUGGUGGUAUCAAAUUGAGGUGCACCACUUGGGGCAUAUUGGGAUUUAUCCGGUUUACCAACGCCUACUACAUGCUUCUCAUUACGAAAAAAAGCACCGUGGCUAUGGUCGGUGGUCACUAUAUAUACCAGAUUGAAGGCACCGAGCUCGUACCACUGACCUUUGGCAUGUCGAAGCCCGACAAAAGCAAUGCUGACGAGCAGCGCUUCCUUUCCAUCCUGCACAACAUUGACCUUACCAAAUCCUUUUACUACAGCUAUUCAUAUGACGUUACACGCACGCUGCAGCAUAAUAUUACCCGCGAGAGAGCCGCAUUAGCAAAGGGCGAGAUGCCUGAAACUGACGCCGACUUCAAUUCCAUGUUUACGUGGAACGACUAUCUGCUUCGACCCAUCGUAGCCGCAAUAAAGGACCCUUAUGAUUGGUGCCGCCCAAUUAUUCACGGCUAUGUCGACCAAGCUGCCCUCUCGAUAUACGGACGAACAGCUCACAUCACAGUGAUUGCACGUCGAUCACGUUACUUUGCUGGUGCCCGAUUCCUUAAAAGAGGAGCCAACGAUUGGGGCUACGUUGCCAACGAUGUCGAGACAGAGCAGAUUGUCGCAGAAUCUCAGACUACGUCCUUCCACGCACCCGGCGGACAGCUAUACUGUAACCCGCAAUAUACGUCCUAUGUGCAGCACAGAGGCAGCAUCCCGCUUCAUUGGACACAAGAUAGCACUGGCGUGACCCCGAAGCCACCCAUUGAGCUGAAUCUCGUGGAUCCAUUUUACGGGGCUGCAGCUUUACAUUUUAAUGACCUAUUUGAGAGGUACGGCGCGCCAAUUUACGCCCUGAAUCUUGUCAAGUCGAAAGAACGCCAGCCCAGAGAAUCAAAGUUGCUUGAUGAGUACACAAAUGCGAUCAAAUACCUUAACCAGUUCCUUCCGAAGGAUAAGCAGAUUAUACACAAGGCAUGGGACAUGAGCCGCGCCUCUAAAGUGCGUGGCGGCGAUGUCAUUGGAACAUUGGAAACAAUUGCAGAGGAAGUUCUCGAAUUAACUGGCUUCUUCCAGAACGGUGAUGGUGUAACGAAUCCUUCAUCAGCACAGAAUGGAGUCGCCAGAACCAACUGCAUUGAUUGCCUUGAUAGAACGAAUGCGGCCCAGUUUGUAAUUGGCAAGCGGGCUUUGGGUCAUCAGCUGCACGCGCUCGGCAUCAUUGAGAAUAGGACAGUCGAGUAUGAUACGGAUGCAGUAAACCUGUUUACCCACAUGUGGCACGAUCAUGGAGAUACCAUGGCCCUCCAGUACGGCGGCUCACAACUUGUCAAUACGAUGGAGACGUACCGGAAGAUCAAUCAGUGGACCAGCCACUCGCGCGAUAUGAUUGAAAGUUUCAAAAGAUACUAUAACAACUCGUUCCUCGACAAUCAGCGCCAGGAAGCGUACAAUCUGUUCCUCGGCAACUAUGUCUUUGCAAAGGACCAGCCGAUGCUGUGGGAUCUUAACACCGAUUACUAUCUGCACCAUGCUGAUCCCAAGGACUGGUCGGCAACCAAAACAGGCAACUACGUCAACUGGUUCACGCCAGAAUUCCUCAAGGAGCGUACAAUUCCACCGCUUGCACGACCGCAAAGAAAGGGCGCUGCAGAGUCGCAUGCCGUAGACUUCUACGACGACUAUUGGCUGGAGUACUACCGCCCAGCGACGCUCUCAUCGUUUCCAAAGAUGUUUGCCUACAAGAUGAACUCCACUAUCAAGUACAUUCCCAUUAACUCCACCAAAGACGGCCACUAUGACCUCAGUCCGUUCAAAGUGCGCAUCGAAGACAUCGACCACGACAAGAAGAAGGCCAAGAAGGGUGGUGCACUAUCGCCCAACCCUAGUGCUCGCAACCAAGACGACAACGAGUCCAUAGCAUCUGAUAGAACUGCGUCGAGGGGUGUUUCUUUCCGCUGGUUGCAGCCUGCCCACAAGGAUACAGAGCAGCAACCAAAAGGUAUCCAGUUUGAUGCUUCUGCUACCGAUGCAGCCAAGACGAAGCAGACGGCUCUGGAAAAGUCCGAUGCAGCGCAGUGGACUUUUACCAAGGCUGUUGACGACUCGCUCAACCCAUCUGUCAGCGCCCGCGAAGCAGACGACUACGCGCGGUACAUUAAGCAUCCUCAGAACCUCCCGUUGGUGGUGUCUAGUGAUACACCCGCUGAUGUGGAUUCGUCAGAGUAUGAGGCUUAUGUACACGGCGAAUGGCAAGAGCAUGGUCUCAUGGUCCUGGAGAACGAAAAUGAGGCCGAAUUGUACGCGGAGCUGCUUAAGAUUGGCGAGAACCCGCUUACAGUUACUGAAGAGGACGGGCCCAAGAAGCGAUACAAGGCGUACCGCAAGUGGCUGCGCGGCAAGUCGUUUUUCAAGCAGCAACCCUUGGACUAA